CCGAGUCUUUUUUUCUUUGUUCCAUUUUUCUGAUGACAAUAGUAGACUGAACUGAUGAUAGCAUUAGUGACCGCUGUUAGUAUCCCAUUCGGCUUGUCGAGGCAGCUAUUGCAUUUCUUGCUUAGUUUGAAUGACAUAGCCAGAUGAAAAAGCAGUGUAGCAUAAAGAAUGUGUCUUCUUCAUUAAGAUAGUUCUCAUGCUCUAAUCUAUAAAAAUGAAAAGCACGACCAGCACCCUCACUUGUAAAAAUCGGGUGGACUGGAUGGAGAUAGCAACCACACACCCACUCACAGUCUCCCCGGCGGCUUGCGCACACUCUCAUACACGAUCAUGCUCACUUCAUCACCUCAGAUGUAGCUGGCGAUGGUGAGCUGCUUGCCGUCGAAGCCGUCCUCGCAGUAGUCGGUUAGCGUGAAGCCGUUCCGGAGGAAGUCGGGGCUGUUUUUCAGCUUCUUCUGGUACGCCUUCUUCAGCUCGGUCGCCUUGUCGUUGUACUGCGUGAGCACGCGCAGCAGCGGACUUUUAUCGCCCAGUUUCUUCAGGUCCUCCAGCUCCGAGGUCAUCACGAAUCGCUUGGGCUCCAUGCCCACGAUGGUACCCAGGCCACCGGAAAGGAGGCUGAGGUCUGCGCGGUCCCACUUGCUGCUCUGGAUGUUGCGCCAGCGGAGGACGCCCGGGAUGGCCACCAGGCGGCUGUAGCUGAGCGUGGUGCCGUGCAUGAUGCCUGUGAGGCACAUCAGCUCAAUCCAUGCAGCCACGCUGAACUUGUCAGUCUUUUCGUCAGUAUCUCUCUUGAAGUCUCCACAGCUCCGCAGAUAAGUCUUCAGCUUCUUCUCGCUCUCCUGAAAUUCCUCGCGGUCGACCUCCUGAAGAGCUUUGACGAACUGACUCGCAAAGUCCGGAAUCAGGGCGGCGUGCUCGAAAAACUCGCCAAGGAUGCCGUGCUUGUUCCCCCUCUUGAUUGACUUGUGGAGCAUGCAGUCGAGGAACUCGUCAGCGGAGGCGCACUCGCCCCACUUCUCGAGCAGCGCUCCCAGAAUGGGCCGCACCUCCUGCGAUGAGCCGAACCCGUCGGCGCCCGUGAGGAACGCGGUGUCCAUGCUGUCAUCGCUGGGAGGGUCCCUGAUCAGCAGCUGGCCGACCUGGAUGUACUUGAUGGCGACGUUGUCGUCGAACACCUCCGCCCAGCGGUUCAUGUCGCGGAAGCCGCGAGUGGACAUGGCCAUGGCGGAGGUGAACAGGUAGUGGAGCACGUGGAUCAUGGCGUGGAUGCAUGAGGAGUAGAAGAUCAGAUUGUACAGGGCGGAGCUCGCGUAGUCCUUGAUUUUGGCGAUCUCCUUUGGGUCGCGCGUGUCCCCCUUAACUUCCAUCAUGAUCCUUCCCUCAAGGUCGUCGCAGAUCUGGAUGGACUUGAUCGCCUCCAACCCGUCGGUGAACUUCACAUUGACGCGGUGCCCCACGCCGGUGAGAGUCCGCAUGAGGCGCAGGUACAGCGAGGGGCUCGACUCGUUCUCGUCGUACGACUUAAGCUCCCAGCCGUCGUUGUAUGUCAGCGCGGAGGCGAAGAAUGGAUUGUUCUUUAGCAACAGCAGCAGCUGCCUCGGGAAGUCGUCGUUCCCGAAGUACUUGUAGUCCUCUGGAAGUUCAUCGCCCAGGCUCGCCUUCUGCUUGAAGUACUCCACGGCAAGAUUGAGCGACCCCUCUUUUUUCUUCUUGUGCAGCAGCUGGUCAGAAAUCAACCCGACGCCGUCAAGACCGAACAGGCCCAGACCGUAAGUGCCAAACAAGUACCCGCCAACCCCCAGAGUCGUGGCGAAGUUCACGUCUGCGAUGCGAAGAAUCUUCCUCGGCAGGCUCUCCUCCAGCGGAAGGUGGACCCCCUUGAUGACUUCAGGAAGCGUCUGCGAGAUCGGGAAUCUCAGCAGUCCGUUGGCCAUCUUCUUCGCUGUCUGGGCGUGUCUACCCUCAUAGCGAGCAGCGAAGCCACGGGGUGGCAGAAAGCCCUUGGUAACUAGAACCAAGUUGAACAGAGAAAGCAGCACCACCUUCAUCGGGAAGCAAUUGGCUGUGCCGAAAACACACGAACAUACAAGAGUCUGUUACGCGAGGCAAUGAUCGCUCCAGGUCGCCCUCAAAC